AGAUCCCAAGGUCCUCCAAAAUGACUUCCAAGCUCGCCCAGAACCUGAAGCAGCCGGCUCUGGACUUUUUGUCCUUUGUCAAUGCCUCUCCCACCCCCUUCCAUGCAGUCCAAUCCGCAAAGGAUCUCCUCGCGAAGGCUGGCUUCCAAGAAAUCAAGGAGAAGGAUCCUUGGGCAUCCACCUGCCGUCCCGGCGGAAAAUACUAUGUUACUCGCAACCAAUCUACCAUCGUAGCCUUUGCUAUCGGCAAGAAGUGGCAGCCUGGUAACCCCAUUUCUAUGAUUGGGGCUCACACCGACUCCCCCGUGCUGCGGGUCAAGCCUGUCAGCAACAAGCGUGGGGAAGGCUAUGUCCAAGUGGGUGUCGAGACCUACGGAGGAGGCAUCUGGCACACGUGGUUCGACCGUGAUCUGGGAGUUGCAGGCCGGGCUAUGGUGCGCAACGGCGACGGCUCAAUUGUGCAGAAGCUGAUCAAGAUUGACCGGCCUAUUCUGCGUAUCCCUACCCUGGCUAUCCACCUUGACCGCCAGGAAACUUUCUCCUUCAACAAGGAGACCCAGCUCUUCCCCAUCGCCGGCCUCGUGGAGGCCGAGCUCAACCGCACCGGUGCCGGUGAGACCACCAAGGCUGAGAACAACGCUGCAGAAGAUGACGGAGAGUUUUCCCCUCUGAAGGCGAUCACCGAGCGCCACCACCCUUACCUGGUCGAGCUCAUCGCUGCCGAGGCCGGUGCCAAGCCUGCCGAUAUCCUCGACUUCGAGAUGAUUCUGUUCGAUACGCAAAAGUCCAACCUGGGUGGUUUGUUGGAUGAGUUCAUCUUUUCUCCCCGUUUGGACAACCUGAACAGCUCUUUCUGUGCUACCGUCGGCCUGAUUGACUCGGUUGCCGAUGCUUCGGCCUUGGACAAUGAGUCGUCCAUCCGUCUUAUUGCUCUGUUCGACCACGAAGAGAUUGGCAGUCGUACCGCUCAGGGCGCCGACUCCAACAUGCUUCCUGCCGUGAUCCGUCGUCUCUCGGUGCUGCCGUCGACGGCCGGCGGUGAUGCUGAGGUUUCCACUGCCUAUGAGCAGACUCUGUCCACCUCAUUCCUUCUUUCUGCCGAUAUGGCACACGGUGUUCACCCGAACUACUCCCCCAAGUACGAGAACGACCACCGGCCGCAGAUCAACAAGGGGCCUGUGAUCAAGAUCAACGCCAAUGCACGCUACGCGACCAACUCUCCCGGAAUUGUUCUUCUACAGGAGGUUGCCCGCAAGGCCGCCGAGGACGGUGGUGAGGGCGUGCCUCUCCAGCUGUUCGUUGUUCGCAACGACUCCAGCUGCGGCAGUACCAUUGGUCCCAUGAUGUCAGCUAAGCUGGGCGCUCGUACUCUGGAUCUGGGCAACCCUCAGCUCAGCAUGCACAGUAUCCGCGAGACUGGAGGUACAUAUGAUGUCGGCCAUUCCAUCCGGCUGUUCACGAGCUUCUUCAAGCACUACGCCGACCUCUCCAAGACGAUUUUCGUGGAUUAGAGUAGAUAAUAGUCCAUAGUAUAGCCUGUUUAUAAGAGAUACCUCAGU